AUGGCGCUGCAGCUUCGCAAGCGUCAGCAGGAUGCGAUACACCGCAUGCUCAACCUCAACGUCACCCGGAUCGUGCCCAUCGGCGAGCGCGAGGCGGAGGAGACGGAGGUGUACAAGAUCCUGGUGAUGGAUCGCCACUGCUUCGACGUGAUCACCCCGCUGGUUCGCGUCAACGAGCUCCGCAGGCACGGCGUCACCCUGCACCUGCGUCUGGACAACGAACGGCAGCCCAUCCACGACGUGCCGGCUGUGUACUUCGUCAGGCCGACCGCGCACAACGUCGCGCGCAUCAGCGCCGACUUCGCCGCGGGGCUCUACGAGGCGUACCACCUCAACUUUUCGUCAUCCCUCCCGAGGCCGAUGCUCGAGGACCUCGCGGCCGGCAGCGUCAAGGCGAACGCCGCGGGCAAGGUGGCGAAGGUGUUCGACCAGUACGUUGACUUCGUGUCCCUCGCCGAGGACAUCUUCUCCCUGGCGCAGAAGGAUGCGUACGUCGCGCUCAACGAUCCCACCGCCAAGGAUGCCGACGUCGAAACCGCGGUGGCCGAGGUGGUCAAGGGGCUGCUCUCGGUGUGCGCCACGCUGGGCCGCGUGCCCAUCAUCCGGUGCCCGCGCGGGGGCGCCGCGGAGAUGGUCGCGCAGCAGCUGACGAAGCAGCUUCGCGAUCACGUCGACGCGCGCGGGUCCAUGUUCUCCGACGACGGAUACGCCGGGGCGGGAUCUCUUUCCCUGGGAAGUCGAGAGGAGCGACCGAUCUUGUGCAUCUUCGAGCGCAACUUCGACCUCGCCGCGGCGUUGCAGCACGCCUGGACCUACGCCCCGCUCGUCCACGACGUCCUCGACAUGCGACUGAACCGCGUGGACAUCACCCAGGGCAGCAGCGCCCUCGACGCCGCCGCCGGGAAGAAGUCUUACGACCUGGAGGACAACGACCCAUUCUGGCGAGCAAACGCCGACUCUCAGUUUCCGAAGGUGGCCGAGGAGGUGGAGGCACAGCUGGCGGCGUACAAGAAGGCGAUCGCGGAGGUUAACGCGCAGACGUCGCUCGGUGACCCGUCCUCCGACGCGGACAUGGCGACGAACACGCAGAAGCUGGUCAGCGCCGUCGCAAGCCUGCCCGAGCUGCAGGAGCGCAAGAAGUUCAUCGACAAGCACACCAACAUCGCCACCGCUCUCUUGGGCCACAUCAAGAACCGCGGCCUGGACGAGUACUUCGCGCUCGAGGAGGACCUGCUGGCGGGUAAGGGGGACAAGACCGCGGUCAUGGGGCUGCUGCAGGCGACGGGCCGGGGCACCCCCGAGGACAAGCUUCGUCUGGCCAUCAUAUACGCGAUGACGCAUUCCUCCGGGGACGACGCCAUGUCACCCGCGGAUGCCGAGGCGUUGGAGGGCGCGCUGCGCGCUUCCGGCGCGGACGCCGCCGCCCUGGGCUUCGUCCAGAGGAUGGCCAAGCUCAACCACAACCUCCUCGACUACGCCGAGCGCCUGUACGGCCAGUCGCUCAGCGCCGUCGCGAAAGGGGUCAAGUCCCUCCUCGCCAGCGACAGGCAGCUCGCGGUGGCGAGGGCGACGGAGGCGCUGAUGAGCAACGAGCCCGAUUCGCGCGAGUGCGCCGAGUACGCGUGGUACGACGCCAAGGCGAAGGCGACGAGCGACGGGAACCCGCCGGUGGGCGCCGUCGGCGAAGGCGCGCCCGCGCACGACCACGCCAUCGCGUUCGUCAUGGGCGGGGGUAACUACCUGGAGGCUGAGAGCGUGCGGGCGAUCGCGAAAGGGGACGACGGCGCGGGUGGCGGCGGGCGGGCUGGCGACGGGGGCGGACGGAGGAGCGUUGCGUACGGAGCGACGGAGAUGUUGACGGGGGCGGAGUUUGUCGCGCAGCUCGGGGCGCUGGGACGUAAGACGGGGCACUGA